AUGCUUCGCAAGUUUUCCAUACACGCGAUCUGGCCGAAAAAGAAAACUCAGGUCGACAGGCUGUCGGUCUCAAGUAGCGGAGCAGACGCCUUCCAAGUAGCCCUACUGCUGAGGGACCUCCCACUUCCGCCAGAUGUCAUCCCCAAUAUCAUCGAUCUUGCGGGCUUCCGCGCACACGCGGCCGCUGUCGCCAACGACUGCAGCCAGGUGGUGAGCGAACGCAACUCAGGCAUCGUUCACGCAGUCACGCCAAUCCCGUCUCACAUCCACCGACCAUCAAUCCGUAGUGUCAUCUUUACCGUAACCUCCCAUGACCAGGGCUGGAGCUGGGACAAGGCCAACCAUGGAACUUACCAAAACUCCUCGACAUGGUUCGAAGCUGGUCUGCUGCUACCCCAGACAUCUGUACCGACCCUUCAGAACUGCCGCAGAAUAAUCACCAACGUCCACGCUAGCAAAGAGGACAAGAUGCACCGUGUCGAAUGGUUUCACGACGAUCCAGAUCCAUACAUUCAGCUCAUUUUCCGCCGGCUUCGGGAAGGCGAGGCCAUUGGCAUCAAUGUCUGCGCCAUGUUUCGUGGAUGGCAGAAUCUAGUCCAGCAAUCGUCAAUAGCUUUUACUUUCCAGCCUGUGCGCAAAGUGCCUUAG